AUGAUAUUUGAUUGUCAAGUUAUUAGAAAACACUUACUCAUAGACAAAUAUUAUUAAUUACAAUUCUAUGAGGAUCGAAUCUUAAUUGGAUAAGAAGUAUUAAUUAACAUUAAUCUUAAGAAUAGACAUCCAACUAAAUAUGAGAUAGCCUUAAAUCUAACCAAUCGAAUAAGUUGGAAAUUAAAUGAAAAACAAUAAAUUAUUGAAUUUGGAAUCAAAUACAAUAAUAAUAUUAAAUGGUUUACAGGUAAGAAUGAGAACUUAUAGAGAAUUAAGCAAUUACUUACUAAUAAAAUAUUUAAUCAUAGUAUAUCCACUUUUUAUUAGUCAUCUGAACUAAUAGGUUAAGGAGCUUCUAGCAAAGUCAUAACUAUAUUAGAUUAAAGUAAAUUUAAAUAUGCUGCUAAAUGUAUAAGCAAAGAUUACAUAACAAAAAAGAAGACUCCAGAUCGUUUAAAUAGACUUAUAAGUGAAAUUACCAUCUUAAGAUCUUUGUUAAAUCAUCAAAAUGUGAUUUAAUUACUAGAUAUUUUUGAAGGUGAAUCUACUUAUUAUCUAAUUUUUGAAUAUCUCCAAGGAGACACACUUCAUAAAUUCCUCAAAUAAUAAUCAAAACCACUCUCUGAAGAAAUGAUUCGUAUUAUUUUAGCUGUAAUUUAUAUUUCAUAUAUAUAGUAAUUACUUUAAGGAAUUCAUUACAUUCAUUCAAAUAAUUACAUUCAUAGAGAUAUCAAAUUGGAAAAUAUUGUAUUAUCCACAAAACAAUGUAUACAAAAUUUGAAGAUUAUUGAUUUUGGAUUAGCCAUACCCUCUACAGUUUUCACACCUUUUGCCAUCUGUGGAACACCAGGGUAUAUAGCACCUGAAAUACUUUAAUACAAAGAAUCCAGUUAGGGAUAAUUUAGAUUCACUUCUAAAGUUGAUAUGUUUGGUAUAGGUGUUAUGCUUUAUAGAAUGUAUUAAAUAAUUGUUUAUAAUUGUUAGGAUGACUAGAAAAUCACUUUUUGAUUCAGAAAACACAAAAGAAUUACUUUCUCUUAAUCGAAAAUGUUAAUUACCUAAAUUAUCUAUUUCUGGAUAUUCCAAUGAAUUGAAUAAUUUAUUAUUUGGAUUACUUGAAUCAAAUCCAAUUAAGAGAUUAUCAUCAGAAGAAUCAUUAAUUAUUAUGAAUAUUACUUAAAUGACUUAAGAACUAUAAUUAUCUUAAUUCACAACAUUUUAAUAUGAUUAAGAUGAUUUUGAAGUUGAACAUUCAAUUGAUUAUGCAAAUGCUCCUUAUCAAUUCCCUAAUAAAUUUAUGAAAUAUGAAUUAGAAAACAGUUUUCAUUAUAAUGAAGAUCAUAAACAUUCAAGCUUACAUAAAUCAUUCAAACUUUCAUUUAGUUUAAGGAUAAGUUAGGAAAUUCCAAAAUAAGAUUUUGUUAUUGAAAACUUUCAAAAUAUUCCCUCAUGA